AUGUCAAGUCCCAGUGGGUCAAAGAACCGAUGGACGCCAGAAGAUGAGUGGGCGCUGUCUCUUCUCAUGCAGAAGAGGAUGAAUGCCGACACAACCGGCAGCUUUGGUCCACCUUCCUUGCCAGAGAAAGGUGGAUAUGGAUUGAAGACAGCAGGAGCCAUGCAUGACGGCUCAAAGCGGCGGCUGGUUGCGGAUUCAGAGACUUCUGCAGAGUGGGAGCAAGUGGAUGCCAGCGGCCCCUCGUCAUCGUAUGCUGGCAGGGUUCGACCGGAUGACACGGCCUUGGAAGAGGCCAUCAUUGCGGCAUUGGAUGCCUCACCUGUGAUCGGGGCGGCAGCAGCUCAAGAAGUCUCAUUUGGCCAGUACAAAGCAAAGUACAGCUACCAGGAGGUGGCCACGGAUAAGACCUUGUGGGAUUAUAGAAAGUGGGUUCGCACUCACAUCAACCAGCGGACGAGCAAAGGAGCGGCAUUGGACUUCGCCAAGUAUUUGAAAGCCCAUGAUGCGCGUCAUGGACAGGUGAAGCAGAUGCCCGUGAUCCCAGGAACUGCAAUUCCACGGCAGUUCAAGGAGGACGAUCCAUGA